UUGUCUUCUUCCUACUAACCUCUCUACCAUGGCCUCCCCUCACGUCCUUCUCUUCCCUUUCUUCGCCCAAGGCCACAUGAUCCCCAUGAUAGACUUCGCCAAGCUUCUCGCUCAACGUGGAGUCACUGUCACCCUCGUCACCACCCCCCACAACGCAGCCCGCAACAGCCCCGUCGUUUCCCGCGCCAUUACUUCCGGCUUGCCACUCCACAUCGCCCAACUGCCAUUCCCAUGCAAGCAAGCCGGCCUCCCCGAAGGCUGCGAGAAUCUAGACUUACUCCCUUCAUUCGAUUCCGCCUCCAAAUUCAUGAGAGCCACUUAUCUCCUUUACGAGCCAUCUCUCAAACUGUUCGAACAACUCACCCCACGUCCCUCCUGCAUUAUCUCCGACCUCUGCCUCCCUUGGACCUUGAAACUUGCUCAACACUUUCACGUCCCCAGGCUCGUUUUCUACAAUUUGAGCAGCUUCUUUGUUCUGUGUUCCCAGACUUUGGCUGUCCAGAAAUUCUAUCUCCGCUCACUGCCUGAUGACUGCCUUGUUACUGUACCUGACUUGCCUGGCUAUGACUUUCAGUUUCGCAACUCUGUUCUGCCCAAGCACACCGAUGAAGACUUCGCCGCCUUUACUCUCGAGAUGGAUGAGGCUGAUCGGAAGUCCUACGGCGUUGUUUUCAACACCUUUGAGGAGAUGGAGGGUAAGAAUCUUGCGGAGUUUAAAAAAACCAGAGACCUCCCUGAUAAAGUUUGGUGCUUUGGCCCUGCUCUGCUUUGCAGCGACAACCAACUCGACAUAGCCGAGAGAGGAAACAGAGCCGUCAUUGACAAAGGCGAAUGCAUAAAAUGGCUCAAUGGGCAGAACCCAUCUUCCGUGGUGUACGUCUCAUUGGGAAGCAUCUGCAAUUUGGUGACGGCGCAGCUGGUGGAGCUGGGAUUGGGUCUAGAGGCAUCGAAGAGACCGUUCAUUUGGGUAAUUCGGAAAGGGAAGGAAGCAGAGGAGUUGCAGAAAUGGUUGGAGGAGUAUGAUUACAAGAAGAAAACAGAAGGGAGAGGGCUGGUGAUUAGUGGGUGGGCGCCACAAUUAAUGAUACUGUCCCACCCUGCAACCGGAUGCUUUCUGACACACUGCGGUUGGAACUCGACGCUGGAAGGGGUAACGGCAGGGUUACCACUGAUAACAUGGCCGCUUUUUGCAGAUCAAUUUUUCAACGAGACGCAUAUCGUGAAGAUGCUUAAAAUUGGGGUAAGCGUAGGUGUGGAGGCGGCGUCGCAAUGGGGAGAGGAGGAGAUGGGGGCGGCGGUGAAGAAAGAGAAAGUGAUGGAAGCUAUAGAACGAGUAAUGGGUGCAUCAGAGGAAGGAGAAGAGAUCAGAGAGAGAUGCAGAACGCUUGCGAAGAAGGCCAUUGAAGCUGUUAAGGAAGGAGGUGGUUCUUAUCGAAGCACUACGCUGCUCAUUGAGGAUAUAAUAGCUCUUGGAGGAGGAGGAGGAGGAGGAGGAGGAGAAGGAGAAGAAGGUGAUGGUAAAGGCAUAAUAGGACAUGGAAUCAAUGGAAUUUGCCGAGUUUGAUCGAACCUCUCUUGGUUAAUCUUGCACUAAACAUGUUAUUUGAAUUAUGAUUUGAAAUAUUAAGUUUUUCACUCUUUUUUCUUACCA